GCUUCAAGAGCGACUCCUACUUCCGUGUUGUCCCUCAAUGUAAAGCAGUCCUAUUACAGGAAGCUGUAGCCUAAUCUGUAGGGGUUAAUCCGGUGCAGUUUACAGUGUGCCCUUGAUCGACCCUCUUUCAAUGUAAUUUGAUGAAGUGAAGGAGCAGCGAUUUCGGAGAAUACGGACGAUAUAAACUACAUGUAGCAAAACAGAAGAUUCAAUCGCUGCCCACGUCAGAGGAACUGCGGUACAUUAGCGGAAGAAUGCCAGCGGGUGUGUGUGGCUGCUGUGGACCCCUGAGACCCAGGUACAAACGCCUGGUUGAUAACAUCUUCCCAGAGGACCCCAAAGAUGGCCUGUCCAAGUCAGACAUGGAGAAGCUCACCUUCUACGCGGUUUCAGCCCCGGAGAAGUUGGACAGGAUUGGGGCCUACCUGGCGGAGCGACUGAGCCGAGAUGUGGUCCGCCACCGCUACGGGUACGUAGUCAUCGCCAUGGAGGCUCUGGACCAGCUCCUGAUGGCCUGUCACUCCCAGAGCAUCAAGCCCUUUGUGGAGAGCUUCCUCCACAUGGUGGCCAAGCUGCUGGAGUCCCGGGAGCCAGACCUGCAGGUCCUGGGGACCAACUCGUUUGUCAAGUUUGCCAACAUCGAGGAGGACACACCGUCCUACCACCGGCGCUAUGACUUCUUUGUCUCCCAGUUCAGCGCCAUGUGCCACUCAACCCAUGAAGACCCUGAGACCAGAACCAGGAUCCGUGUGGCCGGUAUCAAAGGACUGCAGGGUGUGGUGAGGAAGACUGUGAACGAUGAGCUUCAGGCCAUCAUCUGGGAGCCCCAGCACAUGGACAAACUCAUCCCCUCCAUGCUGUUCAACAUGCAGGAUGCUGAGGACCUAGACAGGGUGGGCCCACCCGGCACGCCUUCGGAGACAGGGCAGGAUGGUGAGGAAAACCCAGCGUCUCUGGCCGAGAGCUGCUUCAGAGAGCUGCUGGGAAGAGCCGCCUACGGCAACAUGAACAACGCCGUCCGCCCUGUACUAGUUCAUCUGGACAACCACCGGCUGUGGGAGCCCAACGAGUUUGCUGUUUCCUGUUUCCGGAUCAUCAUGUACUCCAUACAGGCCCAACACUCCCACCACGUCAUACAGCAGGUCCUGGGCCACCUGGACACGCACAACAAGAACACCCCUCGCAUGAGGGCCGGCAUCGUGCAGGUCCUUCUCGAGACGGUCGCCAUAGCAGCCAAAGGCUCCGUCGGCCCUACGGUACUGGAGGUGUUCAACACCCUGCUCAAGCACCUGCGGAUGAGUGUGGACUUUGAGCUGGGUGAGAACUCCAGACGGAACUCUGGCGCCAGUGUGUCCUCGUCCGGACGGGUCAAGGAGAGCGAGGAGCGCAUUGUCCAGAACGCCAUCAUCCAGACAAUCGGGUUCUUUGGUGGCAACCUGCCAGACUACCAGCGCGCGGAGGUGAUGAUGUUCAUCAUGGGCAAGGUGCCCGUGUAUGGCACCCCCUGCCACACCCUGGACACUGUGAAGAUUGGGCACCAGGGCACCAAGCGUAUCCAGGCCAUGCUGCUGAGCUCGCUCAUCAUGGUGACCUCUGGUUUCAAGUCCAAGACCAUGGUGGCAGCGCUGCCCGCACCCUUCCUGGACCCACUUUUCUCCAUUUCACUCAUGGAGGACUGCGAGCUUCGCCAGUUGGUCCUUGAGAUCCUGCUCAACAUCAUCGAUCGCCACGACAACCGCGCCAAGCUGCGGGGCAUCAGGAUCAUUCCUAAUGUGGCGGCCUUGAAGAUAAAGAGGGAGAAGAUAUCGAAACAAGACGUUGGGUUCAUGAAAAAGCAUGGGCAGCAGCUGUACCGUCACAUCUACCUGGGCUGUAAGGAGGAGGACAACGGUCACAAGAACUUUGAGCUGCUCUUCACUACCCUGGCCGUGCUCACCAUUGAGCUGGCCAAUGAGGAGGUAGUGGUGGACCUCAUCAGGCUGGCUCUUGCCCUGCAGGAUAUGUCCUUGGCUAAUGAGGAGAACAUGCCCAUGGUCAUCCGCUGUGGCAUCAUGGCACUGGUGGCGGCCUACCUGAACUUUCUUAGUCAGAUGAUCGCCAACCCAGCCUUCUGUCAACACGUCAGCAAGGUGAUUGAGAUGAGGAACCUGGAGGCCCCUUACCUCCUCCCUGAGCACAUCUUCAGAGAGAAGUGUCCGCUUCCAAAUUGUCUUGAGAAGGAAGACCGGAGCCUAUAUUUCCAGACGUUUGAUCUGGCGGAGUGCCUGGUCGCGCCAGGAUACAACGCUGAGCGUCUCUCAAUCCCCUACGUCCCCCAAGUGACAGAUGAAGACCGCCUCACCAGAAGAAAGAGUUUGGUUGACACCAUUUCUCUUCAAGUGGAUUUCCCUUCCGAUAGCCUGCCAGACAAGUCUCUGCUGGCUGAGGAGAUCACCUUCGAGACUCUGAAAAAGGCCAUUGACACCACAGGGUUGGAGGAGCAGGAGAAGGAGAAGAGGCGCCAGGUCAUGGAGAAGUUCCAGAAGGCUCCAUUUGAGGAGAUUGCCGCCCACUGCGAGUCCAAGGCCAAUAUGUUACAUGACAGACUGGCACAAAUCUUCGAGCUCACUAUCCGGCCCCCUCCCAGCCCCUCUGGGGUGGUGUCGAUCUCUGCAGGCCACGCUCAACACCAGUCUGUCCCUGUCUACGAGAUGAAGUUCCCCGACCUGUGUGUCUACUAGAUCAAAGACCAGCCACUAACGCCUUGUAUCCUCAAACCUAACCCUGACCACUAACCACACCCAGACCUGUGUGUCUACUGGAGCAAAGACGACCCCAUAGCCCUUACCCUAACCACUAACACAUUGUAGCCUCAACCCUAACCCAUUUCCUAACCCCUUCAGAUCUGCAUGUCUAUUAAAGCAUAAACAGUGGCAGGAUAGAACCACUAAAACCCUAUACCCUCAACCCUACCCCCUAAUUCUGCUCCUUAGCCCUAUACCAGAUAUGUCAGCUACAGCAGAGACUAGCUGUGGUACUGUACCACUAAGCCCGAAUACUGUGUUCCCUAUUUCUUAACACUGCACAUUGUUCCUGCCCCUCCUCAGACUAAUGUGUCUAUUACCAGAUGAGAUGGCUGUAUGACUGUAGUUUCCAGUCACACGCACACAGUCUACACACACGUGAACGUGCGCGCACAUUCGUAUUUAUAGUCUAAUCAAUUAGCUGUGGUGUGUUGGCUUAUACACUUGGAAAGUGGAGAUGUCAUAGAACAUCGAAAAGUGAACAUUACUGGAGGCACAUUGUCGUUUCAAAGAUACCAUCGCGAAGAGAUUUGUAGUGGCUAAUUAACAGUAAAUAAGUUAAUUGUUUUGCCUCACAGUUAGCCAAGAGGCUUACCUAGCCAGCUAAAAUUGUUUACAGCGAGUUAGCAAUCGUUUUUAAAAAACUAUUUUGCUAGCAACAUAGUGCUGCCGUGUUAAUUAUAACCGGUCUCACAAAAUGUGUCUCCAGUUGUUUACCUUUUACCAUUGUGCAUAUCCAUGCAUUUCUGUGCAUAUUAGAGAAAAGUCAUUUUAGCGGCCAGCCUGAAAAAUUGCUUAUUUUAUUGGCUUUUUCAGACAGAUAAGCCGCAGUGCUGCAGAAAGCUAAUACUUUCUUUUUUUUUAUGUCCCAAUUCAAUGAAAACCAAUUCAUAUAUGUUAAUCUGUGUGGACAAGGUGAAUUUCAGGUAGAACAUUGAGAGUCUUGGAAAUGUGGAAAUUCUAUUCUGGAAUAGACAUCUUGGUGGAUUGAGCAGGGUUCUUUAUUGCAGGUCCAUUAUGGCAGUGUUUCAAAAAUGUUGGGUAUGAGACCAGGCUAGUAACCCCCCCUGUUAUGUUAUGGUCUUGGCUUUUGGUUCCUUCCAUAGGAAUCCAGUCACCACUGUUCAAAACCUACUGGAGUCAUGCCCUUCAGGACCUGUACUGAGGAAUGGUAUUGUUGACCAGCUAACGCUAAUAGAAAAGCAAUCAGUUGAUUACUAAAGGCACCAUGUCAUUUAGUUGAUAUAUUGAUAGUUUAGGAUGAUAUGGCAGCCAAGUGCGUUCACCUGUUUUGGUAUUAAUUGAAGUGUUCGGGCAGCUGUACACUGCCUUCACUUCACCAUCUUUUUCAUAGCACUUUCACAAUAUGGUACAAAAACAUGUAGUUAUUUUUAUUACACCCUCUUGACAAGAUUCAUGUGAAGGCUAUUAAGUCGUCUUUUUCUUCUCAAUCCUCUCACCGACGCUGAGCACAAUACAAAUAUUCUAACGCAAUGGACUUUGGAUAGUUGCAUCUAUUUUCUUGUAAGGCAUUUUACAUGAACAUUUAGAGAUUUUUCAUGAUUGAUUAUCACAUUUCAAAUCUCUGUCAUUUCUCUUUCCAGUCAUUUGAGGAACCUGCCAUUUGACAUGACGUAUUGGUUUGAUAUCACAAUGCAUCAAAUACAUAUAGAUACAGUAUAUACAAUGUUAUGCUUAUUGCUAUAGGCCAGAUGUUUGUGUGCAGUAUAAUUGGUAUUGUUCACAUGGGUUUCAUAGCUUGCAGCUUCCUGUGGAUAUGUGUCAUGAUGAUUUGUCUUGAUUUAGUAUUGAUUGUUAUUUAGAGUAUGUGGGAAAAUAUAAUUGAGAACGGUUCACCAAUAUCAUUUUCCAAUUUACCUGGCAGGACAAGAUCUGUCAUAACUCUGUUGGCCAUCUAGAAUACCAAAACGCUUUCAUCUUUACCAAAGAAUCCAUUUCCCACGGCCCCCAUCCGUCCCCUCCCUCCCUCCCUCUAACGUCUUAAUAACGAUGUCACUCAACAUUUUGUUUCUGAGGGAACCAAAUAUCUGUCUGUGUGCUGUUUGGGGCUCGCCACUGGGCUGUUUAAUAACCCAGGUUGUUAUCUUACUAUAGUUACAUCCUGGCUUGGUGCGGGUGUCUCUCCUGUUUCUAGUGCUAGGUAUGAUGCAGACAUGCUGUGUAAAACGCUGCAUUAGUCAAGGAAAAAAGGUCCUCGAUUUGCGGUUGUCGGAUUAUAACAGAUUAUUUUGGAAGGACCCAUCUAAGCAAAGGACCAUUCGGCGAAUGGGUGGGCGUAGUUCAGUACUACAGAGGUUAGGGUCAGGGAGGGGGUCUUACAGUCCUCCCAAACAAGACACUCUAAUCAUGAUUAUGAGGCCAUUUGAAAAGAGGCUUCAUCGAUAUGGGUGAUGUUGAGAUGGUUAAUAGCGUGGGCUCAAAUUGAAGAAUAGAGAGGCUAAAGUGAUGUUGGUUAUCAAAAGGUUCUCUGUGAUCCUGUUGUGCCUUCUGUAACAGGAUACUGCAGAACGUUGCUGUGGGUGGUUUUGUAUGUUCAAGGAGGUUUCAUGUUAAGGGUUAAGUCUCGCUCAGCCAGGCUUUCAGUCUUAGGUAACCUGAACCACUGAGAGACUUGAGUCCAGCUUGCGAGACUAGUGGAUCAAAAUUGGUUAGUAUAGUGAGAAAAGACGGCGGGUGGUGCGGUGUAUGAUUGUAAAUGGGAAUCACUAAGGUGAUUAGUGGACACUAGCUUCAUCCAUUUUAAUUGGCUGGUGGCGGAAAAUGACCUUUUGGGAAGUAGCCUCUUGGAUUAUAUAUAUAUAUAUAUAUAUAAUAUAUAGCUAACGUGGUACUUUAUGACUCAGACCUAAGCCACUUGUGAGACAGAUAAAUAACACAUUUGGCACAGAUGAUUGGCCCUCGAACAUAGAUUUUUCCAAUUGUUUUUCAAUCGCGACUGGGUUGUCGAGAUUGCUGCCUUAGCUAAGAAACUUUCGGGAACCUCACCCAAGAGCAGCAUAAGACAAUAAUGUUCAUCCAUAUCCAUUGUCGAAUGGAACAUUUUUAUUUUUGUCUGAGACCUUUUGCUCAUUUUGACCUAAUAUGUAGAAAUGCCCCUAUUGAUGCAUAUAAUCUGAAGUCGUAUCAGAAAUGUGUCAUCUCAUCCAUGGCGAAGUGCAAUAUGUUCUCCUCUGUAUGGUUAUAGGAUUGUUUUUCUUUUGCAACACGUAAUGUCUUAUCUUGAACUGUGGUGUCACUUCAGAUAGCAUAUAUUACUACGAGUUUAUCGAGAGAUUCAUUAUGAAAUAUCAAGUGUGUAUGUAUAACCUAUGGGAUUUAUGACAUGAGGAAUGUAGACCAUACAGCAUCAUUGACUGAGAUCGAGUGCCAGUCUGUUUUUUGCUAUCAUUCCAAAUUUCCUGUCACUCAUUGGCUUGACAAUGACUGCAAUGGAGUAGACAAGAGCACAAACAGGUCUGGGACUAGGCUAUCAUUUACUUUCUUUAUGCUGAAUUUGUCAAUAGUCUAAUAUGGUAUGUUUUUUUUUUUUAUAGAUAUUCAUCAUACGAGUGGCAUGUUGCCUGAUAGAAAAUGGGUUGGGAGUUCUUCUGUUUAUUGUUCAAAAUCAGCACUCCACUUAACUUGAAACGGUGCAAUGGGAGACCACUGUUUUGGCAAAACCAGCAUUUUUGAAGUCUGAUGUAUUCUUGGUGUUUUGAGACGCCCCCAUGUGUGCUGGUUUUCUUUCCAACAUAUCUACGAAAUCUUUCCUGAAGGACAAAAUCCUGACAAAAGUUGGGUUAAUGCCAGAUACAAUUCAAUAUUCAAUAAGCAGCUCGAUUUAAGUCUUGUGUGGAUAAGGAGAUGAGUUUGCAUGAAAACCAGCAACCACAGGGGUUGGUUUGACAAAAGGCUUCGCUGUGGUGAAGAGGCUGCAGGGAUAUUGAGUCCAUUUUCUCUAGUUAUUACAAUGACAAGAUAGAGAAUAGUGUUUAUAGACUGAAAUGAACAGUAUAACAAUUAACAAUCAUUUGAGCGACUGGUCAGCAAUGGCUACAAUUAAGCAUCAUUCUUAAAGCCCCAUGCUGUGUUUUUAAUUUAACAUCACUUUGUGUAAUAAAUAAGUGUUUUUGUUGUAUAUAUAUUGUUUAUUUCUCUGAGACUCCUUGGGCCACUGAAAUGCUCAGUCAGAUUGUAUGGGCGUUCGGAAACAAAAUGAUUACAACCUAUGUUGUGAUAAUUGCGUUGUUUGCUCUGUAACCCAUUUGUUCAUAUGCCACAUGAUAUACAAUAAGGCCGACACAACAGAUACAUUCAACCACACAUACGUUUGUUUAAUCACAAAACCGGAGUCAAACAUCUGUCUGGUGAAGUCCACAAAGCAAAUAGUACAUGUUAAAAACACUUACAUGACCUACACCAUGGUCCAGCAAGUUAAUGUUUCUCACAGUUUACUAAACAAUUACUGAUUUAGAACCACAGAGAGUUACCUUGUGUGUGUGCGCGAUCACAAGUUUUAAAAAACAUGUUGACUAACCCUAGUUGUAGACUAGAUGAACGCCAAUUCCAUCCUCCUCUUUCAUGUUAGAAAAACGGUCUAUGUCUACUGUCAUACAGUAGUGCACAAUGUUAGUUUUUGUUGUCGUAGGCUACCUAGCUAAAGUGCUUGCUUGCCUAACUUCCUGGCAUGGGCAACAAUGAACCAGUUAAGUUAGCUAGCUAGUUAACGUGAGCCUACUAGACUACAUCUAGCCUACAUAUUAAACUUCAAUCGUCUCAGGCAAGUAGCACAGUAUAUUAUUUUAUGGUUAGAUCAGAAUCGCCGGUAUAAUCAAUGGCCAGUACGGAGAAUUAAGUCAGAACCACAAGUCCAAAUCCCCAUCUCCAUCAUUUCUUAGGUAAGGGCCAAUUUAGCUAACUAGCCUACUGCAAGACAACAACACAAGCAGACCAGAAACAGACACUUUUUUCUGACAAUUAUGUUUUGCUUUUGAUGUGAUUUGAUUGGUGUGAAGCCAAAUCCAAACUGGCCUCCCUUGGGUUGAUGUGCAGGACUACCCACAGUUGAGCUCAACUCAACACUAAUUGGCAAUUUAAAAAAUUACAAAUAAAUGUUUUUUGUCAAGGGAGACCAAAUGCUUGCUGGCACAACUUCCUAAUAUUGAGUUGCACCCCCUUUUGCCCUCAGAACAGCCUCAAUUCAUUGGGGCAUGGACUCUACAAUGUGUCGAAAGCGUUCCACAGGGAUACUGGCCCAUGUUGACUCCCAAUGCUUCCCACAGUUGUGUCAAGUUGGAUGACAUUUAGGUGCUGGACCAUUCUUGAUACACAAGGUAAAACUGUUGAGCGUGAAAAACCCAGCAGCGGUGCAGUUCUUGACACUCAAACCGGUGCGCCUGACACCUACUACCAUACCCCAUUCAAAGGCACUUAAAUAUUUUGUCUUGCCCAUUUGUGUGUGUGUGUCGUCCUGGUCUUCACCAAGUAGCUCCUCAUCAAAAGCAUCUUCCUCCAAAAAGUACAUGAUCUCAUGGUCCUCCUCAUCCUGCAGGCCUUCCUCAGCGAUGACUCUUUAGCACAUAAGAACAGGGAUCAUGAAUGGAAGGGAAUUGUGUAGCUACCGGUUUUCAACCUGUUGGCAAGGUGACAAGGUUCCAUUUUAUAAUCCUAAAGUUUUCACUCGCAUAACAGAUAUAAUAUGAUCAUAUACAGUACCAGUCAAAACUUUGGACUCCUACUUUAUUUGUACUAUGUUCUUCAUUGUCGAAUAAUAGUGAAGACAUCAACACUAUGAAAUAACACAUAUGGAAUCAACCAGCUUCACCAGGAAUGCCUUUCCAACAGUCUUGAAGGAGUUCCCACAUAUGCUGAGCAUUUGUUGGCUGCUUUUCCUUCCCUCUGCACUCCAACUCAUCCCAAAUCACCUCAAUGAAUGUUUGCUGCUCUUGCCAAUGUCAAGAUCCAUGUGAUGCUUAAUGGAGCUGCUGCGAAAUCCUAGCCUGGUUUGCAAUGUUGUCUGAUGCAAAGUGUGCUGUGCAGGAGGUUCAACUGAACUUCUCUGACAGUUGACAUGAUUGUUCGGAUGGAAUACAGCCAUACUGCUGUACUCUCUUGCUUCUGGGUGGGGCCAGCACCAAAACUAGUAGGGAAUAUGUAAAUAUUUGGAAAUAUAUCAGAUCGCCAGAUGGCGGUAUGUGGCGGGCCAAAAUGACAUCCCACCUGAGCAGGCUGAAAUUACAGGCAUUUUAUUUCAAAACGUUCUUACACAAAAAGGGCAAUUAUCAUAAUUUUCACUCACAAUUCUGUGUUAUUUUGACCUUGUGGAAAUAUAAUCAGAAACGUUUUAACUGCGCUGCUUCUUUAACAUAUGAAUAUUGACAUUGUUUGCACUUUUAUAAUUAUAUACCUGGUACUAUGGUUGGUAUAGUUAUUGUUGGAUUUAUGCUAUUUGUCAUUAUUAUUGCAACAAUGCAUGAUGGGUAAUUUUCCCAGUUUCACAUUUCUUGGCUACUUGUGGCGGGUUCUAUUUUCUUGCAGAUCAGAACAACUCAAUGCAUCGUUUUAAAUUGAUUUGUGAAUCAGAUAGUGACCACAUUGAUACGGAAUUAAGGCCAUAGAUUCUCUUAUGGUUUUGAUGCAAAAGUAAGUAUUUUGUGCCUGUUUUAGAGAUACAAUGGCCUGAUGUCAAUGCUAAAGGGGCACUGUAGUCAAAAAUGUCCCUGUUUUCUUUCAUGAUAUUUCUACACUAUGAGGUCAAAAUAACAAAUUGUGAAAAUGAUGAUAAUGCCCUUUUAGUGUAAGAGCUUUUUGGAGAGAGAGAGAAACACCUGGAUUUUCAGCCUGUUCUGGUGGGAUGGAGUUUUCGGCAGACAGCAUGACAUCACAAUCUGAUCUGAUUAUUCUGACCAAUGACCAGUCAUCUUUUAUUUGCAUAUGUAUCCUCCUACUUUGAAGGGGUAAGCGGCGUAGGCUCUAGACUAGAGUCUGGACGAUCCUAUCUGGCAGUCAGGGCUAACUAAAUAUAUGAACAUGCUCAGCCUGAUCGUGUGGGCAUUUUAAUGGCAAAAGGAGGCUCAGUGAAAUAAAUGAUAAAUUAUUGUGUUUGUUUUUUUUCAAAAAUAAGUGAUUUAUUAGACAUACAGUGAUGAUUUAAAAAAUAAAUCAAAGAUAAAAAAUAUACUUUGAUAAAAUUAUUAAGACUUGCAUGGAGGCUGGUAAGCUAUCACAAUUAAAGCAUGUUAAUUUAAAUUCAUGACCGUUGCAAUGUAAUUAAAAACCACUGAACUGCAAAUAAUAAAGCUUGGCUCAUUUCAAACUACACAUUGUUAAUUUAACCACUAUGACGACAGCUUCUAUUCAAUAGUGAAUUAUUGUGCAUAGAGAUUAUUAGAAGAUAAAUAUACAAGAUCAAAAUAAAAUGUUUAUAUAAAAUCUA